AUGUACACACAGACACAUGUACGUACAUACACACAAACACACACAGACACAGACACAUGUACACACACACAUACAUGUACAGAUACACACAGACACAUGUACAUGCAUACACACACACCUGUAAAUUCCUAUAAAAGGUUGCAGUACUUUCGUUGUUCACUCACAGAGCCGGUACUACACUCUAGGGGGAGGCAGAGAGCACAGCACACACUCCUUCCUUUGCUUUCACUGCGCUCAGCUAUUGAGCAGUCUGUUGGCUCCCAGUGCCAAUGACAGAUUCAGCAUGAGCUCCCAGCCUGCUCAGUAAGACGGCCCUGGGGGACACACUCGCCCCCACCAUAAUUUCCACUCGCCAUUGGUGAGCAGGCGAGUGAAAAUUUCAAGGCCUGCUGUAAUACAUU